AGGCCUUGAGCUUCGUCGCGGGGCAACUGGUGCUGGCAGCGCAGCUCCGGGCAGAAGGUGAGGUGCGCUGUGUCACAACCCUGGAAUCUGGUGGUGUGGCUUUUGGCAGCAUGGACAACCUCAUCCGUGUCUACGAGACGCUCGGGCCGCCGCCUCGCCUCCUGUCGGGCCACCAGCGCCGCGCCGGUGUGGACGGCGUCCUGGCGCUGGCCGCGGUGCCCGGGACUGGGCGCCUCGUGUCGGCCGGGCGCGAUGGGCGCAUUAUCGUUUGGCAGGAUGGACAAGAGGUGGCCGAUUUGAAAGGCCAUGGGGAAAACAUGGAAGGCACCAACGUCCAUGUCGUAAGCGCGUUGGCGAUGACGAAAGACGGGUGCCUCAUCUCUGGCGGCUGGGACAAAACCGUCCGCCUUUGGGAGAACCAGUCCCAAAAAUACAUGAUGACUGGCCAUGAGAUUGCCAUCAACGCCGUGGCAGGCCUUGCCAACGGGGACGUCGCUUCUGGCAGCGGCGAUCAAAGUAUCGGCAUUUGGCGUGACGGGCAAAAGCUGAAGAGCCUACAAGCCAAGCAGGUGGUCCGCGCCCUUUGUGCCCUGGACGGCUCUUUGCUUUGCGCCGGCACCAACGACGGCUGCAUGCGCGUGUGGGACACCAACUCAGGGCAGAUGCUGGCCGAGCGGCGCGUGGCCCAGUCCUACGUCUUGGCCCUCGCGCGGCGAGGUGAUCAGCUGGCGGCCGGCACAUCGGAUGGCCAGGUGGUGAUCCUCAGCUGGACAGGUGGCGAACUGCAAGUGAAAGAAGAACUGCAGGUUUGUGGAGAGGUCUAUGGCCUCAGUUUCUUCGCCAAUGGCGACCUGGCCGUGGGAAGCGGCGACGGCAGCUGUAGCGUGUGGACACGCGACGAGUCGCGCGUGGCCAGCAAGGCGCUGCGCGAAACUUUUGCAGCACAAGCUGCUGCUGUGGCCGUCGCGCAGGCCGCCGAGCCCGGACCGCCAGCAGGCGGAGGGGGAGGCGGAGCCGCCAGCGGCUUUGACUUCAGCUCUAGCGUGGAGUUUGGAACAAGACAGCUAACGCUGAGCUGGAACCGUGGGGACGACCCGAAAGCGGUGGCUGAGCGCUUUCUGAGGGAAAACGGCCUUGAUCCAAGACAUGCGGGUGAUGUGAUCGCCUUUGUGACUCAGACGAUGCAGCAGCAGAGUCUGGCGCCGUCGACGAAAGACUUCAACUUUCCCGUUGAAGUGGCCGACGGACGACGCUUGACCAUUUCCUGGAACCGCGGGGAGAACCCACAGGAGGUCGCGCUGAACUUCGCCCGGCAGCACGGCGGCAUCGCGGCCAACGAGCUGCCAGACAUUGCCAACUUCGUGCAGCAGGUGCCAACUGGUGCUGCCAACACGGGGACGUGUUCUGGGAGGGUCAUGAAAACACCAAGAGAGAGCUUGGACUGGGCAGUUGAAUUGGUAGGGCACUCUUCUCGUGGGUGAUCAUACCAAGUCCCCUGGGAGCCAUACCUUUGGUAGCUUCGGAAAUGUCAACACGCGGUAGCCUUGUUGUUGUUCCUUUACACCCAAUCAGGGUUUCUAGAGUCUUCCAGAACAUGAUAAUGAUAUCACCAUGAUGCCUGUCUUGAAAGAGUUAAAGAGCGAAACUUUUAUCACACUCCAAGAACAUAGUUUGAGUGGAUACGCAGCCGUUUUGAUUCAAAUGGUUGUGUUUCAAUCCCUACAUGUCCAAUUGCUGACAUGAAAAGACCACGUCCCGAACCAGAAGCACUCGCAGCGGAUGGACGGGUGGACAGACCAGAUCUUGUGACCUUCAACGUGAGCGGAAAGAUCUACACCGUGCUGUUCGAACCGACAUUGAGCUUACACCCCAACUCACUCCUGACGCAGCUGGCAGAAGAGAAGCAGAUGGAAAAGGAUAUUUUUGUGGAAGGUGACCAAGACCUCUUCAAGUAUGUCCUUGAGUAUCACCGUGAUCGAAAGAUCAUCCUGCCUCCGACCGUGUCGAAGGAAGCAGUGCUCAGAGAGGUGAAGAGAUUUGGCCUGGAUGUGGGGUCUGAAGAGAUUGUGGAGGACGGUGUUCAUAUUCCCAGUUUUACAAAAAGGUUGAAAGCGGAACAGGCAAGACUCUCGGUGCAGGAGAGAGAGAAUCGCUCUGCCCUGCUUAUGAAUAUGUAUGCGCAAGCGAUGUUGGAGCUGUCCAAAGACACAGGUGAUAAACAGUUCAAUGUAUCAUGUCAGAAUGUUCUGCUAAAGCUUGGCAAGGAUGCUGAUGCCAUCGGCAGAUUUUUGCGUUCUUAUGACCACCCAUGUUUCGUCCAGUUGAUCCAAAGUUGGGCGCUGACCGUCGGCUACUCCACUACCGUAUCGGAGACGGGCAAGAAUCUUACCGUCACCUUCAAACCAAUCACUUGACCUCUCCCAUCCCACCGCAUUUGCCUCGCCUUCUUGCCAUUCGCUGGAAGAAAAGAAGUGCUUCCGGAUGAGCAGACUGGUUCAGGAAGACGGGAAGGACAUGGAAGGUUUACUUUUGAGGGGUGAUGUCUAAGCAGGGCACUCUGUCAACAUCUGGAAAGACCCCCCAUGUCCCGAAACCUGUUUGAAUU